UCCCCGCCACUUUCACUACUUUUGGAGCUUCGAGUCAUGGCUCUCGUCUUCUUCCUUAUCCUCCUUUUCCCGCUUGCGGCUCAGGGGGAGGAGCCGGCGCCGGUGCAGGUGCAGGUGGUCACCAGCAGCACGCCCUGCAGCGCCACCUGCGGCCUGGGGGUGAAGGUGCAGCGGGUGUGCGACCUGAAAGACGCCGAGGGGGCGCUGGAGGACGCGGGAGCCGCCGCGCGGACGCCGCCGUCGGACGUGACGGAGCGGUGUCGCGACGUGACGGUCACGUGUCGGGAGUCGUGGCGGUGCGGCCUGAAGACCGUUACCGUGACGACGGGGGAGAGGGUGGAGCUGGACUGCCUGCUGGCGAAGAACGCCGAGGUGGUGAGGAGGCUUUCGUGGAGGGUGUCGUGGUUCCGCGCCCGGGGGCUGAUCACCUCUGACGACACGCUCUUCGCCCGCUGGCACAGCCCCACGUUGGACCUGCUGGUUCUGGACCCCGUGGAGGAGGAGCACGCAGGGACGUACCGCUGCGACGUGCUGGACGCCGCCACCAGGAGGGUGAAGAAGGCUUACUGGGGGGUCCGAGUGCUGCCCAGAGGGGUCUUGAAUCUGGACUACGGCCACGCUGAGAGUGUGUGGGACUCCAGCAACCCGGCGGUGAGCGUCCAGGAGAAGUCGUGGGUGAUCUACCUGAUGCUGACAUUACUGUGCAUGGCAAACACGGCGGCGGUGCUCUUCGUGGCGGUGAAGGUGAUGAAGAACAAGGGCUCGUAUUCGGUGGACGAGGACGCCGCCAACCACGAGGAGACGACGACGGAGAUUUGAACGCACAGCUCGCCUAUUUGUGACUGAGCCUGAGCAACAUCCCGUUAAACUAACGGCAAGCUCAUUUAUCCAUUUUCUACGCCGCUUGUCUGAGUUAAGCUCCCAGGCACGCUGGAGCCUAUCCCAGCUGACUCUGGGCGAUUUACAGUCUCUAUCAAAACAACCUAUUUUAAUUUGUAAUAUUGUAGUCAAUUGUCGGACUCAUUCUCCCGUUUUGUGUUCGUUUUUGUGUCAUUUCAACCAACAGUUUGCAAAAUGUCUUAUUCCAAUAAACAUGACAAUAAGAUAGGGUUGUACAGUAUACUACCACGAGCUAAUGCAACAAUGUUUAGUUCUUAUCUGUACUGUAAAGUUCAAAUUUGAAUGACAAUAAAAGGAAAUCCGUCUGUCUGUCUCUGCAUGCAAAACGCUUAUCAUUAAUAAGGUUUUUGCAUGUUUUUUUUAUAAAGCU